AUGGCGGCCGUAGUGUUGGUUAGCCGUCCUGCGAGUGUCCUUCCAAAAAUAUCAAGCAGCUGUUCCCCUGCUGUACUGUCAGCUGCCACUGUCACCACAGUUCAGCAGAGGAAGCUGCACCAUGCUGUCGUCCCAAAGGGGAAAGGAGGGCGCUCCUCGUCUAGUGGGAUAGCUGCCACGGUGUUUGGCGCCACGGGUUUUGUGGGCCGAUAUGUGGUCAACAGGCUGGGUCGGAUCGGUUCUCAGAUUAUUGUCCCUCACCGCUGUGAUCAGUAUGAUGUCAUGUACUUGAGGCCCAUGGGUGAUCUGGGACAAAUUAUAUUCAUGGAGUGGGAUCCAAGAAACAAAGACUCCAUUAAACGGGCUUUGGAGCACUCUAAUGUUGUCAUCAAUCUGGUGGGCAGAGAGUGGGAGACAAGGAACUACCCCUUUGAGGAUACCUUUGUGACCAUCCCCCAGCAGAUCGCCAAGGCCACAAGAGAGGCUGGGAUCACAAAGUUGGUGCACAUGUCUCACCUCAACGCUGAUAUUCGCAGUCAGUCCAAGUACCUAAGGAACAAGGCUGUGGGCGAAACAGCUGUGAGGGAUGAGUUUCCUGAUGCCAUAAUCAUGAAACCUGCUGAGAUCUUUGGGAGGGAAGACAAGUUCUUGAACUAUUACGCAAAUAUGCGCUGGUUUGGCAAUGCUAUUCCACUCAUGGGUAUGGGGAAAAACACAGUGAAGCAACCUGUUUAUGUGGUGGAUGUGGCCAAGGCCAUUAUUAAUGCUAUCAGAGAUCCUGAUGCUAAUGGGAAGACGUAUGCUCUAGUUGGUCCCAAUCGUUACCUCCUUCAUGACCUGGUGGAGUAUAUCUACGGUGUGGCACACAGACCUUUUGUGGCCUAUCCAAUGCCACGUGUACUCUAUCAUCUCGCAGCUCGGGCUUUCUCCAUGAGCCCAUUUGAUCCCUGGACGAGUCCAGACAAAGUGGACAGGUUUCACAUAACAGACAUGAAGUACCCAGGGCUUCCCGGGCUGGAGGAUCUUGGUAUCACACCUUCCACAAUAGAACAAAGAGCAAUUGAGAUUCUGCGCCGCCAUCGCAGAUUCCGUUACCUGGAGACUCAGCUGGAUGAGACCAAGCCGGCCAAGACCGUCAACUAUUAAACCACCCCGAUUAGAGCAGCCAGAGGAUGGGAGUGCAUCUGAAUGCUUUGUCUUUAACUAUAUUGUGUACAUAAAUAAAGAACUAUCUCCAAGGUG